AUGCAAUGUGCAACGAUGAAUCGUCGAACACUGACAAUGAAUUGGGACGGUCUUGCUGGCGACGAUGACGAUGACGACAACUUUUUUGAGUCGCGCGAGCGCAUCUCGUCGGUCGUCCCCCUCGACCUCGCCUCCUCCUCCGACGACGACUCGGAAGGCUUCGAGGAUAGCCGAAUGUCCUUCACCUCCACCAUCUCCUCCGCCUCCAUCAAGGUGGCCGUUUCUCGAUCCAACGACCUCCAAACCCCCUCCGUCCUCGCCUCCUACGACAUGUGGAUCUCCGAGCCCGGCGACAUUCACGAGCGCCGCAAGCGCCUCCUCCAAGGCAUGGGCCUCGCCAGCUCCAAAGACAUGCUCCGGCUCGCAACCUCCAAGAUCUCCCGAGCCAUCUCCCAAAAGCCCGAUUCUAACCCACCAAAGCCCGAACUCGAACCCGAACCCAAACCCAAACCCAACCCGUCUCCCUCCCCUCCUACUUCCUCCUCUUCUUCUCCGAAAAAAACAAACGACGAACAACAACAGAAACAACAGCAACAACAGCAACAACAUAUGUCCCCUCCGACGGCCACGAUCAUGCUCGUCCGCUCGAGAUCGGACAGCGACAUCGACGCCUUCUCGGCCCGAACCAAGCAACGCAAGGAGGACCUAAUCGGGUCCGUCUCGAAACAGAGACUGACUCGAACCUCCUCGGGCCUCCAGAUAUCCACCAUCAGCGUCUGCCAGUACACGACCUCCGCCGCCGAUGGGCCGAGGACCAAAUCCGGAGACUCUGCCGCGCAGCUGCUUCCGACGAACAACAGCGCGAUCGGGUCGUUCUUCCUUAUAAAAAACCUAGACACGGGCAAGGAGUUCAUCGUGAAGGAGUACAACGAGCAAGGGAUGUGGAACAAGUUGAGCGAGGUCGAGACGGGCAAACAGUUAACGAUUGAGGAAUUCGAGAAGUCAGUCGGGUACUCGCCUAUCGUCAAGGAGCUUAUGCGACGGGGGAAGGUCGCAAGGGACGGAAACCGCAAGCUCAACGCCAACUCCCUCCUCACCAAGAGCUUUCGGAACAGCAAACGAAAAGGGGCCGCCCUUUUAAAGAACAUAAAGGGUGUGGCCACCUCUAUGAGUGGGCUAAGCAAGGAACACGAGCAAGCGUUGCAAGAGGAAACGAAGGCCUCCACAUCUCAAUGGGUUAAGGCCCGACAACACGGAAAAUCGUACAAGGAGUUCACUGCCCUGCACAUGUCGCAGGAGAUACAAGCCCACGAGGGGUCGGUUUGGACCAUUAAGUUCAGCCAUGACGCGCGCCACUUGGCGAGCGCAGGGGAGGACAAGUCGAUUCACGUGUGGGAGGUGCAAGAGUGUGAGGUAAUGUCGGCCAGAACAGGGGAUGAGCUGGUGAGCUCAGUUGGCGGGACACCGAUUCACCCGAUGGCUUCCGACCACCGGCCGCCGCUGGCGGAGAUAACACCGAUGCCAUCCGAGAGAAAAAAGAAAGGGAAAAGCAAUAGGAAAAAGGGGAGCUCGAUACCGGAUUAUGUGAACGUGCCGGAGAUGGUUUUCGGCCUCUCAGAAAAACCGGUUUGCACUUUCAAGGGUCAUCAGGAUGAUGUCUUGGAUCUGUCGUGGUCGAAAAAUAAUCAGCUACUGCUAUCUUCUUCGAUGGAUAAGACUGUUCGAUUAUGGGAUCUCGAAACAAGAAGCUGUUUGAAAAUGUUUGCGCACAAUGACUAUGUAACUUGCAUACAGUUCAAUCCAGUGGACGAAGACUAUUUCAUGAGCGGCUCGCUUGAUGGAAAGGUUCGAAUAUGGAACAUUCCUAACCGGCAUGUGGUCGACUGGAUGGACCUUCACGAAAUGGUUACUGCUGCUAGCUAUACUCCCGAUGGCCAGGGUGCUGUGAUCGGUUCUCAUCAAGGGUUCUGUCGAUUUUACAGCAUCGAAGACUGUAAAUUGGAACACAGAGAAGAUGUCCAAAUGAAGGUGAAGUCACAAGCUAAAAAACUCCCUGGUUUUCAAUCUCAGCCUCAACCCAAGAAAAUCACCGGUUUUCAGUACGCUCCUUGGAAUCCUUCGGAAGUGCUGAUAACUUCGACCGACUCACGAAUUCGAAUCUACAACGGCACAGAGCUCGUUCAAAAAUAUCGAGGAUUUCGAAAUACGAGCAGCCAGAUGGCGGCCUCGUUCACUCCGGACGGGAAGCACAUUGUCAGUGCCAGCGAAGACUCGCAGGUCUACAUAUGGAAAGUGGAGGAGUCCAAGACUCCGGCCUCCGGCAAGCGGCGGCCGGCCAAGGUCACGGUCAUGGCCCACGAGCACUUCCCCUGCAAGGAUGUCACGACCGCCGUCCCCUGGCCUGGGAGCAGCAGAAACGAGCCCCCGACAGUUGAGAUCAGAUCCAAGCGCCACCACUCCAGGAGGGCCCCACCACAAAACGACGAUGACGGCGGAGGAAAGGGUAGCAGCCGGCGGCUCCUACCGCCGCUGCCCAGGAAGAGCAACGAGGAGGAAGAGGCGGGCCGGUCGGCCCGGAUUGACCCGGGGAUAGGGGUCAGCGAGUCGUUCGGGUCGGAGUCAUCGAGCUCGAUCGGGUAUGGGGAAUCGGAAUCGUCGAGGUCGUUGGGCGGCGGCGGCGGAGGCGGUGGAGCACACGGGGGGCAGGCGGUGCAGGCGACGGCGUGGGGGAUGGUGAUAGUGGCGGCGAGUGUUGAAGGGGAGAUAAGGGUGUACCAGAAUUUUGGGCUGCCGGUGAAGGUCGGUCGGCAGGCGAAUCUGUUCAGGGAUUCGAUACACUACUGA